GCGUCACCUCCGCUGCGGCGCGGGCAGGCGGCGGAAGCGCCUCCAUAGCGGCGGCUGGAGCGGCGGGGUCUCGGCGGGAUCUCUGCGGGAUCCCGGCGGCGCCAUGGCGGAGGAAGUCCAAAAGCAUUCUGUGCACACACUUGUGUUCAGGUCUUUGAAGAGAACCCAUGAUAUGUUUGUAGCUGAUAAUGCCAAGCCCAUCCCAUUAGAUGAAGAAAGUCACAAAGUGAAGAUGGCAGUGAAGCUGCGGACAGAGUACGGCUCAGUGCUGCACAUGCCGACUCUCAAGGAGAACUUGAGAGAGAAGGGAGGCACGAACACCGGGGAUCCCUAUGGACACAAACAGUACCCUGCAAAUCAAGGACAAGAAGUUGAGUAUGUGGUAACUGGUACACACCCAUACCCACCUGGGCCUGGUGUGGCUUUGACAGCAGAUACAAAGGUCCAGAGGAUGCCUAGUGAAUCUGCAGCACAGUCCUUGGCUGUAGCACUUCCUGCUUCUCAGUCCAGGUUGGAUGCAAAUCGGACAGCUGCUGGUGUGGGUGAAGUUUACAGGCAUGCUGGAAUGUCCGAGCGUUCACAGCCUCCUGGGAUGUCCGUGGCUAUGGUGGAAGCUGGUGGAAACAAAAAUUCUGCAUUAAUGCCAAAGAAGGCUCCAACCAUGCCCAAACCCCAGUGGCAUCCACCAUGGAAACUGUACAGAGUUAUCAGUGGUCAUCUGGGCUGGGUGAGAUGUAUUGCAGUAGAACCAGGAAAUCAGUGGUUUGUUACUGGCUCUGCUGACAGAACCAUAAAGAUUUGGGACCUUGCUAGUGGCAAAUUGAAAUUGUCUUUGACGGGACACAUCAGUACUGUACGAGGAGUGAUAGUAAGCGCAAGAAGUCCAUACCUCUUUUCUUGUGGAGAAGACAAACAAGUGAAAUGCUGGGAUCUUGAGUACAAUAAGGUUAUCAGGCAUUACCAUGGUCAUCUUAGUGCUGUCUAUGGCUUAGACUUGCAUCCAACAAUAGAUGUACUGGUAACAUGCAGCAGAGAUUCAACAGCACGAAUUUGGGAUGUAAGGACAAAGGCCAGUGUGCACACACUAUCGGGACACACAAAUGCAGUAGCGACAGUGAAGUGCCAAGCUGCAGAACCACAAAUUAUUACAGGCAGUCAUGACACAACCAUACGGCUCUGGGAUUUAGUGGCAGGAAAAACUCGUGUUACUCUAACAAAUCACAAGAAAUCUGUAAGAGCAGUAGUGCUACAUCCAAGACAUUACACAUUUGCAUCUGGUUCUCCGGAUAAUAUUAAGCAGUGGAAAUUCCCAGAUGGAAACUUCAUUCAGAACCUCUCUGGCCACAAUGCUAUUAUCAACACACUGGCUGUAAAUUCUGAUGGUGUUCUGGUCUCAGGAGCUGAUAAUGGUACUAUGCAUCUUUGGGACUGGAGAACUGGAUACAACUUCCAGAGAGUACAUGCAGCUGUACAGCCAGGCUCUUUGGACAGUGAAUCAGGAAUAUUUGCUUGUGUUUUUGACCAGUCAGAAAGCAGAUUGCUAACUGCUGAAGCUGAUAAAACCAUAAAAGUAUACAAAGAAGAUGAUACUGCGACUGAAGAAACUCAUCCUGUCAGCUGGAAACCAGAAAUUAUCAAGAGAAAACGAUUUUAAUGCGUCAACAUAGCACUUCUGUAAUUUUGUUUUGGCCUUCCUGAGAGCAUUCAGUCACAUUUUGUUCUGCCUAGAACAGCAGAGCAAAAAGUCAGCUAAGUCAUUGCUAUUUCAACAUGUUUUAUAAUAAAUUUUAUUUCUCUUUCCUUUUGUCUUUCUUUGUUGUGAUCCCAGCAAACCAGUUGCAGCUGUUAACUUUGUGGAGCACGUAUAGUUCAUGAAAAGGAUAGAUGUGCAGGUGGUUAUUUUUUUAGACUUACACACUCAAUAGAUUCUUAUAAAAAUAUUUUGAUGAGCUAGGUUUUCUGAAAGACCCUUACUUGACCUCAAAAGUUAAUUGCGAAUUCAUGCAUAGGAACCAUCUUCUGGGAAUUUCUUGGGGACGCUUGGAUUUUAGAGCAGUAUUGUUUACUGUACAUAUGCUGAAUAGAUACUAAAUUAGAGUAACAGAGUAAUCUGGAGAGAAGCAGGACAGCACAAUAAUAAGGUAGUUUGCUUUAUAAACACAGCCACUGAGCAUUGCUGGUGCUGUGUUAUGGAAUGAAACGGAUCUUCAAAGUGUUUCUUUCCCUAGGAAAACUUUCAAAUGGAAGUACUCAUCUUCACUUACGUUAUUUCAGAUUGGACCUUCUGUAGCAAGGACUGCUGUCCGAGUCAUAUUGUUCACAGUCGCUGCAGGAUUAGGACCAGUUGAGUUCCUUUGUAAGUCAGCUGUUUUUAACGCUCAUCCAAAGCAUCUAUGGCAGUAGAGUCCAGUGAACUUUUAAAACUGAGCUUGAGGAAAAAAAGUAAUUUAAGCCUUCAUUUUACAGUUUGCUGUCUUCCCAUGAUUUUAGGAAGGAAUUUAAGAUAAAUAAACUCUUACUGAAAGAUAAUUUGUACUUCUGAAAGGACAAAUGAUUCAUUGGCUUUACAAAUAGUCACAUAACAAGCAGCGAACAUGUAAGCCUCCUUGCUGCUGCUUAUCUGUCCUGUCUGUGCUGCUCUAAAGCGCUUCACAGGGCAGUGGAGGAAAAAAUUAAAUUAUCAGGCCAUUCAGUUGUUGGCAACUUUGCUAGUGGUGUUAAUAGCUGCACUGGCAAGUUUUAUGCUGGGUAAAUGCUGAGACUUAAUCUGUGGCCACAGCACUGAUAGCAAGCAGUUCCCAGUAAUUAUUUCUAUUUGCCAGCCUGUCUUCUUUCAAAUCUGUGAUUUAUGUUAGAGAAAUGAGUUAUUUGCAAUGUAACUUACAGAAAACCAGUAAAACUAAGUGUUGUUUAUAUUCUGAGAAUUUUUGUCUUUUUUUUAUACUGCACGGGAGGUCUUGUGUUUAUAAUUUGAAUGUUUGACAAUAUCAUUUUAAGGAAGUCCACGCUGCAUAAAUAACUGAAUUCUGGUUGUUGUCUAAAGACCUGUUGUCUAAAGCAACUUCACAAAAAGGAAAGGGAGUAUUUGGUGUUUACAAGUUGGAUUAAAAAUCUUUUAUUUGAAUGGUAACUUGAAUUUUUCUGGAUCUUGAUUACAGCUCUUUCCAUUUUAACUAAUGCAAGAGGUAAAAAUACAGGUUAUGGCUUAUGCAUGUUGUAUGCUGCUGCUAAUGAUUCGUUCCAGAAAUCCAUGAAUUAUUGCUGUUACACAGAAUUUUCUUGCUCACAGUGAAGUCCUCUUUAGGAAACUAGAGUGGAGAGAAAUAACUUACUUGAAAAGAGGUGGGAUUGUAGAGGACUUUUCUUUUUUGGAAGUCUCUAUUUCUUUUGAUAGUUUGGAAUUAGGAUGGAGAAAUUAUGGAUCUUGGCUCACUGUUCUAGCACAUCUUUUCUGUACUGACAUUUUCCUUUAGAAACUGCAUUUAUUCCACAGUUUAUCACUCUGAAGAGAUACCAGAAAGUGUCCUGCAGAACCUAUGUAUCUUCUCUGGACUUCUGUGGGAAUCUGCUAUCAUGGGGCAGUGGCUGCCUGGGCAUUCUUUUUUUGUGCCCUAGGUAAAGAUUUGGUUUGUAAAUUAAAGGCUGUGCACUAUUACUUGGCAUAAUAUGUUUCUUUUUGGCUUUCUAGUAUGUUGUCCCAGUUGUGAUUUUCUUCUUACUUGUAUUCUUAAGCAUUUGAUUUUUACUUGUUCUUUUCCUUCCCAGCAGUUUUUUCUUCCCCUUGACAGUAAUGUGAAUAUCAUCACAAAUACUUCUCUAACUGUUGUUUAUGGUGCAUCGAGAUUAUCAGAUAUCAUUUAACCGCUUCUCUAGUUCAAAGCAAGCCUAGAUAGUGAGUUGUGACACGCAGGUCUGAUCAUGUAGGAUACGCAGUGACAUGAGAUUUGUCCAUGUAAGUCAUAAGGUGAAACAAAAGAGGAGGAUCUGGUCUACUGGAUGUAUUUCCAUGGUCCUGGAAAGCAUCAUGCUGCAAUUUCAGUUUAAGUAAUCUUGAAUGGGAGAGUAAUCUCAGAAAAUAAUUAUUGUCCUUAGUUUCAUAAAAUUUCAUGUUGUCUUCUGUAUAGGAUCAAAUAAUUUCUACCACUAACCCUGACUUUUGUUUUAUACUGUACAUAAUUGCAGAGAAGUAAGAAAAUGGUUUUUGUUUGUAACAUAAAAAAGUGUAACUGGUAAAAGUGAUAAAUUUCAAGAUCACUCUUGGCUGUAUACUAAAGCAUACAGUGUAAGCUAUGCAGCUGAAAUGCUGUUGUUUGCUGGCAGCAUGAAAGUUGUGCAGAACAGUAUGUCUUUGGCAACUUAAAGGCUUACAGAUGUUAAGUCUUUAAUAGCCAAUUUCUUUUCAGUUCUGUUGUGUUAGAAUUAAAGUGCACCUGAUGUGACAGCAAUUUAGCCAUCAAUAAAACCUUCCAUACAAUAUGAA